AUGGAUCAACAACUGCGGGAUCCACUGGUUGAUCGUCUCAAGCCAGUACUUUACACACAAGACAGCUACAUUGUUCGUGAAGGGGAUCCAGUGGACGAGAUGCUCUUUAUCAUGCGAGGAAACCUAGCCACUUUCACUACCAAUGGUGGAAUAACUGGUUUUUUCAACACUGCUGAUCUUGGAGACGGUGACUUUUGUGGAGAAGAGCUUCUUACUUGGGCCCUAUAUGACCAGUCAUCGACCACAUUCCCCCUUUCAACAAGAACAGUGGUGGCAAAAGCAGAGGUUCAAGCCUUUGCUCUAAUGGCCGAGGAUUUGAAGACUAUGGCUUCUCAGUUUCGGAAACUUCACAACAAGGAGUUGCAACACACUUUCAAGUAA